UCGUUGCCUCGGUUCCGUGUGGUUCGGUGUCUCUGUGCGGGGUUUUGUCGCUCUAUUAAAACAGUGCAGUCAGUGCUUACAACAGAAAAAGAGGAUUCACAUUGUGAGCAUGAUUACAAACGUUCGAUGUGAAAGUGAAGCCAAAUUGGUAGCCCCGCUCGCGUCGGUCGUGUCUGUUUUCGCCCGUGAGUGAAAAACCACACCAACACACAAGGUGGUGUCUCUCGUACUGCCUCGGCUUGCGGCAGCAAAUGUGAAACCCGAAUGCAAAAAGAAAAUUAAACGCGCUGAAAGUUCCGAGAAAACGAAAAGGGAAAGCAAAAAGGCGUCGAGCGAGUUAAAUUAUCCAGCGCCGGUGUAAUGAUAAGUGAUUAUUAAGUGAAAGAUCUCAGAUAAGAGGGGGCAAUCUGCACCCGCACACCCGAGAUUUUGGGGUUGAACGCGCCCCCGUAGUGUAGCGGGGCCUGUACGCAUUUCUAUACCACGGCUACCAGGAAGGCCAUCUUCUUUUCGAGCCGGUUGCUUUUUAAGUUUCCUUCUUAUCCCUCAUCCCUAAAGCUCGGGCGCUCCCAGCUUGGGUCCGAUUUUGCUGAAAAAGGUUGCCGGAUAAAGAGGAAGCAAAUUCCCCCCUCUUAUCUUUUUUUUUUGUACUCAAGCAAAAGGCUGUGCUUUGCCUCCGUUGCUUGCUACAAAAGCGAAAAGAAAAGGAGGCGUUGCAGUGAUGGUGGUGCCAGUGUAGCCUGUGCUGGUGCCGGGCAGGAAACCUUUAAUGGAGGCGCCUAAUCUUAUCGGUGCGGUUUAAAGACGCAAACGGUGCGCUCGGAGCGUGCGACAGAUGGUCGUGGAGUGAGAGAGUGAAAUUAAAAAUUGUAUUCCUCAAUUAGUUACAUGUGCGGCGUGCGGCGAAGUUUGGCCGGCCCCGCACGAUAAGCAAAGCGGUGUGAAUACGGUACGGUGGUGACAGCUGGAUUAAACCGAAGCAGUGGAAGCGAAUCGUUGGAAGGUGAACAGUGAACUUUCUUUUGGCAAAAGGCCCCGGAUUUUAAUCCAUCGGAUGCGUUAUACUUUCGCACAGAACAACCCGUGGCUUAGAGCGUGUAAUUAUCAUCCCAGAUAUAGCGUGUACGAGCAAAAAAUCCGCCAACAUCUCGUGCCGGUCGGCUCACUGCCAUGCUGGUGGAGUUGGAAACUCAACGCACGCUCUAACCUUCUGCGUGAAGACAGAAGGCAGAAGCCAAUGGGCUGAUCUGUCAAAAGAAAAUUCGCCAUUGACGCCGGAUACGUCCCGCCAGCUCCCUACACACGGCUCAACCAACCAACGUUAACACGGCAGGUGAAAAACUCAUCGCUACACGGCCCAUCUCCACCACGAAACCAGCCCAGGGGUAGCACCGUACGGUGCAAAAUUGGACGAACCAACCCACCCCGUCCGGUCAAGGCUUGAGUGCGAAGAUGCAACGGGCAACGGGUUGAUUCCGGUGUUGGCGUACAGCGUUACGAAGCGCGUGUUGGACGAUGACGAUGACGUCCAGUGUCACCAGCAAGUGGCCCGUCGAUAGGCUACGAUCCACUCGAUCCAUCAACAGUACGGUUGUGUCCACGAGACGGUAGAUUUAAUUAGCAUUUUUGUACGCAGUUUUCUAUCACGUUCGUCACGGUUAAACAGAGCGCGAGAGAGAGAGAGAGAGAGAGACCGUGCCAGAGCAAACCCCAUCCGUGUCUCCAAGUGCAAGGGAAACAGUGCCGAUCGCACCGACCAGUGCCCGGUGUCGGAAGCCGAACUCAACCCCAGAGCGGCACCAUGGUGCCGCUAAAGGCAAACAGUCGCGUCAUCAUCUACUCGUCCACGCUCGUGCUGCUGGUGUUUCUGCAGCAGGUGUACACGUUCUGCCCGUCGAUAUGUACCUGCGAGGGCGACCCGAACGUGCGGACGUGGUGCAUCGGGGCCGGGCUGGACGUCGUCCCGAUCCAGCUCAAUCCGGACGUGCGCUACAUCAACCUGACCGCGAACCGGAUCACCAACGUGCACUUUACGCUCACCUUCUACUACAAGCUGGAGGUGCUCGAUCUGGCCGGCAAUCGGAUCGAGGCGCUCGGGUCGCGCAACUUCGACACGCAGCAGGCGCUGCGUACGCUCAAUCUCAGCGACAAUGCGAUCGUCUCCAUACCGAAGGACGCGUUCCGGGGGCUGCAGCGGCUGCAAACGCUCAAGCUGUGCGGCAAUCGCAUCGACACGAUACACCCGGCCGCCUUUCACGAUCUGCGCAAUCUGAUCGAGCUGGAUCUGGAGGGCAACGCGCUGACCAGCCUGGAGCCGAGCACGCUGCGCCACCUGUACUCGCUCGAGGUGCUGUCGUUUCAGAACAACCAGCUGCUCGAGGUGCCGUACGAGCGGAACCUGGAGCAUCUCGGGCAGCGGCUGCAGCUGCUCGACCUUUCCGUCAACCUGCUCGAGUACAUCGCGAACGAUAGCUUCGUGGCGCUGCGGGAGCUGCGUACGCUCCGGCUCGGCGGCAACAUACUGACCGAGCUGGACUACGGGGCGUUCCACGGGCUCAGCGGGCUGAAGGCGCUCGACAUCGUUGACAAUAAUCUUACAGUUGUGCCAACACUGCAAUUAUCAAAAUUGUGUAAUUUAACGUAUUUAUCGCUGAGCGGAAACUACUUCGAAAGUCUGCCGGCGGUCGCAUUUCUGAACCUGUUCCAGCUGCAGCAGCUCCACCUCGACCGGCUCGAUCGGCUGCAGCGCAUCGAUGCGAGAGCGUUCGUGGACAAUGCGGCCCUGCGGAUUCUCACCCUGGACGAUAAUCCAUCAUUUGCGAGCUUACCGCUGCGACUGUUUCACAGCAACCCGAACCUGGCCGAGAUUUCGAUGCGCCGCAACGCGCUGAUCCGGCUCGACGCCGUACACUUCCCGCUCGACCGGCUGCACCGGCUCGAGCUCGGGGGCAAUCCGCUCGUCUGCAACUGCUCCCUGCUGUGGCUGUGGCGGCUUACGACCGGCUACGGCCUGCAUGAGGCCGGCGACUUUCGGCUGAUUGUGCCGGCGGCGGCAGCGGCCGCCGCACUGAUUACCGCCGCCCAGCCGGAGGAGCAGCAGGAGCAGGCGGAGAAUCUGCUGCCGCCACGAUCACACCACGGCCCGCUGUACGUCGAUCGGGACGAGAUCGGGUGCGAUCGGCUGGAGGAUGGCCGGCGGACGCGCCAUCUGCUGCGCGCGAUGACCGAAAGCGACAUCGACUGUCCGACCCAUCUGGUGACGGUGAUUAGUGCGGUGCUGAGCAUUCUGCUCGUGCUGGCGACCGGUGCCAGCGUGCUGUACGUGUUGCGGUUGUCGAAGCGCCGCAAGCAGCUGCUCGCCGACGAGGACGAUCCGCGGCGCCGGUCCGGCGUUACGGAGCUGAUCGUACCGCAGAAGGUGGACAAGCUGGAGCUGGAGCGCUACCUAGCCCAGCAGCAGUCGCUGGUGCACGAGUACCGUACGCUGCGGGCACCCUGGGAGCUUCCGCUGCCCGUAAAGGAGGACCUGAAGUAUGGGAGUGUGGCGGCAACGGGUCGCGAUCUGAGCGGUGCGAAUAGUGGGCACUCUACCACGGACCACUACGAAUCGCUCGACUACUACCAGCAUCAACACCAACCGCAGCAGCAGCAACAGCAGCAACAGCAGCAAAAGCGAACCACUCUCUCCCGUCCACACAUCGUUUUCGUAUGACUCUAGACCGGCCGACGUCACCGGGGCUACUGCACUGGGCGAAGAAGUACCAGCAGCGUCACGCCACUGCUGGAGUUCGAGAGCGCCGUCUGAAAUUCCCUCAUCCGCCGAUCGAAAUCUCCGGAAGUGCUGCAUGGUAAGUCGGCUCGCGCGCAUCCUCACACAACCAUUACGCGCAUCGGAAUUCGGAAACAAUCCGCGGAGGCAAACCCCAACCUUUUCCACCUUUUUCAUGGUCACAACCAAAGAUAUACACACACACACACACACAUAUACGUACACAAGUGGAUUAUGCUUUUUGGCUGGAAAAUGGUCGUGGGCAGCAGGCAAACGGCUAAAGCAACGAUGAUUUGCAUUGGAAAUGCACAAAGAAAGCAGCAACCCAAAGCAACAGCAAAAAAACAAUGGAACAAAGAAAAGAAAAACCAAAAAAAGGAUAAUCCUUCAAACACCAGACAGAAUAGCAGCACAGAGAUGAAAUAAAACAGCAAACGCACAACCGCGUCUUGUGAGUGGGGAUGGCACAACAGUAAGGGUGGGAAGCAUAGGAAUGGUGAAAUGAAAUGAAGAUUGAAGUGCGGUGACAGGUGACGUCAGAGAAAACGAUGAUGGCCGGUGAGUAAUACAAAAAAAUGGGGGAUCGUUGCCGAGAAGGGGUGUGGUGUACCCAGGGGUAGUGUUCCCGAGGACCGACGGCCUUAGGUUUAGGUUAUGCAAAAAUGUGUAAAUUAAAUGUAGCGAAGAGGAAACUGUGGUGAGAUAAAAUGGAGCCGAAGAAAACAUUAUAUUAAUGAUUAUAGCAGUGGCAGUGGCAGCAGCACCAGGCAACGCGCGAAAGGCGGUAGGUUAAGACAGGAAAUGAAACUUCACUUAAAUACCUUUUUUCUGUCCUUUUUUUGUUUAUUAUUUUGCACGAUUUGUUAUUUUUUAAACUGACAGACAGAUUUUUAACAACACAAACAAAUAAUAUCAGUUAAAAUAUUUAAAAAAAAGGUAAUUAUUUUCUUUACCCUAUGGUAAUCUUGGCUUUCUUUUGUGAGAACCAAACACUGUCUAACUGGCUGGAAUUGUGUGUUGCUCGCUCAUUGAAAGAACAUGUGAAAUAGUGAUAAGCGUUGCAGAAAGAUUUAUACCACUUACCGCAUAAAUGUACACAUGCUAAUACGUGAUACGCAAACGGGCUUCUGAAAACAAAGCGGAUAGGACGGAAUUGAACAACAAGCACAGACAGCACACGGACAGCACACACGAAGACGUAUAACAAAUUGUGAAUUUAUACGAGCGGAUUUGUAUAGUAUAUAUCUAGCCGUGCAAGAAGCGAUUUGUUUUGUACUCGAUUGCAGUCCUUUGCGAAGAGAAGAGCGCCCAUAUGGUUUUUUUAUGGUAUAAGUAAAGCACACAUACACACACAAAAAUACCUUCACACCGAGUGAUACACACAUAAACAUUAACGAAAAUGAGAAGAGAAAUGCAGAAGAAGGAAAAUUUAAAAAAAAGCAAACAUUUACACAAAAACACACAAGUAUAGAAUAGAAAAGAAGAAAGAAAAAACACACAAGACGCGCUAACAAGUAUCGUGAGAAUUGACAAAAAGCAAUAAACGUUUUACAAAGCAAAAGAGUAAACAUAAAACAAGAAACGCUAGUACGAUGAGGAAACUGGAAGGAGAAAGCGAGAAACAAACAUAUGUGAAGCCGAACAUAGAGAUCUAUAGAGUGUGUCCGAUGAGUGUUAAGCGUAGCAUAGGGAGAAACUAAAACAAACAAAAAACAAGCGAACGAAUCGCAUGUAAUGGCAGCAAAAACAGGAAAAACAAAACAGACAACACUACACAAAUUAUAUAAAAGCUGAAACUAUUUAUAAAAACACUCUAAAUAAUCAUUACGACACAACAGACAACACAAUAAACAAAAGAUAACGAGCAAAAACAAAUCGUAAAGAUAGGAUUGUGAAAUUGAUUGAAUUCAGAGAGAGAGAAAGAGCGAGAGAGAGAGAGAGAGAGAGAGAGAGAGAGA